AGAGGCGAGAUUUGAAGUCCAGAUUAAAUUCAAGAUCAAGAGUUUGAAUGAAAAAAUCAAUCAAUCAAAAUCAAAGUCAAAUCAGAAAUUGCGUGUUGCCAAAAAAGACUAUAGAAAAUUCAAAAAAAUCCUUCUAGCACUGCAUGAAUGCGGAACGAUCCUGAAAUCCAAACCAAUUUGAAAAUCGACAAUUUAGUAAAGAAAUCUGCAUCGAACAGUCAUUAUUGAGCUAAGAAAAUAAAAGUUAAAAAUGCACAAAGACAAUAAAUAACAUUUUGGGAGAAUUAAUCUUUUUAUGAAAAAUCUCACUCUUCCCAUGCGUGCUUUUUUCGCUAAAUUGAUUGCUUUCGUUGUAAGAAACUCCUCGGUGUGCGGACAAAAAUGGUUCCAGUCAAAAAUAUCGUCAGUUAAGGUUCCCUCUGUAACGCCCAUUCAAAAAUAACAAUGACGGCAUGAAAACCUCUCUCGUUCUCCUCUCGCUCUACCUCUCCACUGUCCUCUCCAACCACCAAGAGCCCUGUACCACUCGCACCCUUUCCUCAACUGUCCCACCAUCCAGAUUGAACUUCAAUGCCUCUUUUCUGGUGCAAAACAUUGAAGAGGAGCUUCACCGAAGCAGCAACUUUACAUCAGCAGCUCGCAACAUUCUGUCCCGACAAUGGGACAUUGCUGGCGCCAUUCUGGCUACUCCAAAGGAGCACAUUCUGGCACUGAACCUCAACUCCAGAUUGAGGAUGUUCGUCAACCAAACGCCCGAGACUCAGUUGUUCUGGAGAGUGUUUGAGGCAACAGCCAGUGGCUGGGGAGCGCCAUUUAAGGACUGUCACUUCUUCGAAGGUUCCUGGCUGUACAUCUACGCCUAUGGAGGCUCUAGAGGAGCGAAAAUUGGGCUGUUUGCACCAGUGGUUCUGGAUGAGUGUGAUGGUGGCAUUGCGGAGAUUUUCGGAGGGCCCCAUAAGUGCAGGGAAAACCAAAUGUGCGUUGACGGUGAAACCUGGAAAAAUGCAAAAAGGGGCCAAUACACUUGCCGGUGCAAUCCGGGGUAUUUUUAUCCGGAUUCCCACGCUACCUGGGCAGGACUGAAGGGGAAAGAUCUGGAAAGCGGGCGCAUCAGUAACUUUGACUGCCAGCCGUGUCCAGAAAUCUGUCCGGCUAAUUGCGUCGGAAACGGGACAUGUCCGAUCCAGAGAAUGGCCUACUUGAGGACCGCCAUCCUGCUCGUCCAGCUGACCAGUAUGGGAUUCGUAAUGUUUUUAGCUGGGAUGGUGUUUGUGCUGCGAAAAACCAAAGCCAUUGCAGUUGGUAUGUGGACCAUUUUAGAAACUAUCCUAGUAGGUGUUCUUGUUCUGUACAGCACGGUGAUAAUACGUCUGUUUGAGCCAUCGGUUUCCCGGUGCCUCUUGGAACCGUGGUUCAGAGAAAUGGGGUUCGUCGUCUGCUAUGGAUCGAUCAUUCUGAAGCUCUAUCGGCAUUUGAUCGAGUUCAGAACCCGCAAAGCCCACAGAUGGGUGGUCAAAGACACGGAUCUACUGAAGUACCUGCUGAUCAUGUUCUUGUCCGCUUUAGCUUACAUGGCCGCUUACACAGCGCUGACGUUGAACUUUAUCAGCGAGGACUUUUCGCUGAUCGAAACCAGCUGGACCGGCUCAGGCGAGCUGUUUGAGACUUGCAAGUACCUAUGGUGGGAUUACGUCACGAAAGCACGUUUCUUUGCGCAACUGGCAGCAUAGAAUUGGCGGUGAGCUUUCUGUUCUACCUAGCUAGAAUAUUCGUGUUCCACAAAUUGCACCCGGACAUAGUGCUAAUUGCGUAUUUUCUGCGCUCGCAAUUGUGCCAGACCUGCACUUUACUGCUGAUAUUUUUCCCGAAAUUCUGGUACCAACAGCGGCAGGCCAGAACGUUGGCGCAGGAAUACUCAUGCCGAUUUCCGCUCGACGCGUUUAAGGAACGAUCGUCGUCUGCGAACAACAGCGAUGUGGAGAUAAGCGAGAUAACGAUAGCCGAUAUGAAUCCUGAUGAUAUCAGGGCGGAACUGAAACGUCUCUACUUGCAAUUGGAGAUGUUCAAGGCGAAAACGAUUUGCAGGGACAAUCCGCACAUAUCAAAGAGACGAGGUGGCAGGAAGGCUCAACAUCGCCGGUUUAGUUUGCAGAAGAAGGGAAGCAGAGAAAAGGUGCGACGCACUAUGAGCUUGCACUCGAGACGCAAAGAUCGGGAUCGGGAUAGAAAAAGGGAUAUAGACAUGGAUAUAACAGAGGCGGAACCAUCGCGCACUCCCGAAGACUCGGUCUGUAGCACCGAUGGAGCCAGUGCGAUCUACGCAGACCUACCCGAAGCAAACCAGCCCUACUAGAGACCAAAACAUUUUUGUAACUGUGUGAAUGAAUUAAACACGUCCAAUAGUACAAUUGUUAAACUG